CAUUGAUUCCCAAAGCUUGUCAAAUUUAAGUGUGGCUGGACAGGUAUAAAACACCACUGGCCGACAAAUCCGAAUUAUUAGCGUUUCUGCCUCCUGUGAGCAACAUCAGAAUGAAAGUUAUAUUACUUGUCGCCAGUUUGGCUUUUGCAACUGCAACACCAGCAAUCAAGGAACAGUGGACGUCUUUCAAGAGGCACCAUGGAAAAAAAUAUGAAAACACUGAAGUGGAACGACUUAGGAUGAACAUUUUUUCAGAAAAUCUGAAGAGUAUCGAAGAACAUAAUGCUAAAUACGAAGCUGGAUUGUCAACUUACUACCUUGAGAUGAACCACCUAGGAGAUAUGCUGCCAGAAGAAGUGACCCAGUUGGGAUUCAACAGAACCGGAGACAUGAGGCAAGUACCCAGCUUCACAUUCCUUCCUCCAGCAAACGUGGAAAUUGCAGAAUCUAUUGACUGGAGGCAGUCUGGUGCAGUCACUCCAGUGAAAAACCAAGGUCAUUGUGGAUCUUGUUGGGCGUUCAGUAGUACUGGAGCCAUAGAAGGCCAGCUUUACAGGAAGUCCGGAAAACUCGUCUCUCUCAGCGAACAGCAGCUUGUGGACUGCUCAAGAAGUUACAACAAUAAAGGAUGUAAAGGAGGAUUGAUGGACUAUUCCUUCAGAUAUCUCGAAGAUGUAGAAGGAUUGGAAAGUGAAGAUUCAUACCCAUAUGAAGGAAUAGACAGCACCUGUAGGUACAAUAAGAACAAAGUAGUUUCUGGAACCAAAGUCAGAGCUUACACUGAUAUCAAAGCUUAUGAUGACAAUGCUCUCAAGGCUGCCGUAGCAACAGUUGGACCGAUUUCGAUUGCAGUGAGUGCUGGCAACCAACACUUUAUGUUCUACAAGGGAGGUGUUUACAACGGCGACACUUGCAUCCCCUACUACUUAGACCACGGAAUCCUCCUGGUAGGCUACGGAUCUGAAGACGGCGAAGACUACUGGCUCGUCAAGAACUCCUGGGGCGCAGUAUGGGGAGAACAGGGUUAUAUGAAGUUGACAAGGGCCAAGAAAAACGCCUGCGGUAUUUCGACCAAGGCCAGUUACCCAAUUCUAGCAUAAAAGUUAUUUAUUUUAUAUCUACUUAAUUUAUUAUUUUUUAUAUUUUCAAAUACAACCAUUACCAAAUAAAUA